AGUCCCUUGAAAGUUCGUAAUCCAGUUGCCAAAUAAAUAAUUAGUAUUCAUAGAGAACAGUUGACACGCCGUGAAAUUUUAAUGUCUUCGGUAUAUAAACCGCCCACAAACCAGCUGAAGCCAUCAGUCGAUCUUCAUCAACAACCUAAAUUAGAAGACAUGGCAAUCAAGUUCAUCAUCUUGGCAGCUCUCGUGGCGGUCGCCAGGGGCGGAGUAGUGGGUGCCCCAGUGGCGCAGGUGGCCCCCGUAGCCGCCCCCGUGGUGGCGCGCCUCGCCGAAUUCGACCCCAACCCCCAGUACUCCUUCGCCUACGACGUCCAGGACGCUUUAACCGGAGACUCUAAGAGCCAAGUGGAGAGCCGCAGCGGCGACAUAGUCCAGGGCCAGUACAGCCUCGUCGAGCCCGACGGCACCCGAAGAAUAGUGGACUACACCGCCGACCCCAUCAACGGUUUCAACGCGGUAGUCAGCAAAACGCCCCUCGGACAAGUAGUCGCCCCAGUAGUGGCCCGCACCGCCCCCGUCGUGGCCGCUCCCGCCGCCCCCGUGGUGGCCGCUAGAGUGGCCGCGGCGCCCGUGGCUGCACGAGUAGCCGCCCCCGUCGUCGCCGCUCCCGCUGUGGCCCGCGUGGCCAGUCCCUUCGCCGCCCCCGUCGUGGCUGCGCCCGCUGUGGCACGCGUGGCGAGUCCCUUCGCCGCCCCCUACAUCGCUGCUCCCGGUGUCGCCCGACUAGCCGCCCCCGUGGCGUCGCCCGUAGUGGCUGCCCCAGCGCUGUCUGCGUACGCCGCCCCCUACGCGUAUCCCGGGGGAUUUGCGAGGGUGGCAGCGCCCCUGACUUACGCUGUGUAGAUUGUCGCUGAUGCCCAAUAUUUGUUCUUCGCCUUAUGUACAUAUUUUUAACGUUUAA